GAAAAAAUCGCAAAUCCCUUCCCUCCACCAUCGAUCGGGCUUCCAUGGCCGCCAAGCGCCGCGCCCGGCAGCCAAGAACCGAAGAUUCCAAGGAGUUGGGCCUCAAUGGGGGCAACGAAGGUUCCGACGAGGAGGAGGAGGAGAGCAGCAAGUCCGACGCGCUGAAGCGAGCCGAGCAACCCUCGCCGCCGUCGCCGGAGGAUGCUGAGGCCGAGAGAUCCGGCGAGGCCUCUCCGCAGAGGAGCAAGCCGCGCGGUUGGGUUGCUAUGAAGACCAAGACGACGACCUCCAAGCGGGUCAAGAAACCCUCUCCGGCGUCGGAGAAGGAAUAUGAGGCGGGGGACUCGGGUGAUUUGUCACCGGCGAGCGACCCGCUACCCGACAACAUCGUUGACGCCGGCGACAACAAGAUGCCCGCGACGCUGAAGCCGGGCAAGAAGAGCUCCCCGACGCCGCAGCAGGAGGAAGAGCGCCCGGAGAAGCGUGCUGCGGGAUCUGAUGGCGAGACCGUGGCCACGUCGUCCCCGCAGCGCAAGAAGAAAAGUAAGAGGUCCGUCGAUAAGGACAGGCGCAAAAAGAACAGGAAUCAGAUUAGAAAGGCGUUGACCCAAGAAGACGAGGACCAUGACACGGUGAUGGCAGAGCAAGAGCAGAGCAACACCUCACUGCCACAGGACGAGCACGCCGCCCGUGAAGAGGAGCAAGAGGAGAAGAUGGCACAGCAAGAGCAUGCCGGUGACACUUCACACCCGCAUGACAAGGACAUGCGCAGCGCCCAUGGAGAGGAGCAGCAGGAUGCAAAUCAAGAGCAUGCGGAUGACACCUCACCCGCAGAAGACAAUCACAGUGUGGAUGAAGAGGAGCAGCAAGUGGAGCCGAUCCCACAGCAAGAGCAACCUAAUGACACCUCACCCCCACAAGAGAAGAACCGAGCCCAGGAGGAUGAGGAGACAGGAGCUCAAGUGAAUGGCAAAGCCUUGGAGGGGAGGAAUGCUCCAUCAACCAAGUUGCGCAGUUUUGAGUCAGAGAAAAAGCCAGCGGUCGAGCGAUCAUGGUCCUACGAUGACGAGCUCAAGAUCCUCAAUGCCUUGGUUGAGCACGCCCAGUCCCAUAACGGUUCUUUGCCAGACUCGUCGCAUGUUUUGGCCAAUCUCACCUUUGACAAAAUUGAUGCCAAUGAGGACAAGCUCACUGACAAGAUCCGCAAGCUUAGGACACGGUACCGCAGGUGGCUUUUACAAGGCUACACAUCUUCUGUUUCUGGUAGUCAGUUGUUUAAGCUGUCUGAAAUUCUCUGGGGCCAAGCUGAUGAAGAUGAACAGGUUGAGCCAACAUCUAGGGACUUCAGUGUAGUAUCAAAACUGUAUCCUCACCUGGCCAAAGAAGUCAAAGCAUAUGCCGAAACGCACAGCUCGGGUGACUUAAUCAUGGGAAUGGUCAUGACCAUAUGUGAUAAGAAGGCCCGCGAUCUUGACGCUAAGUGCAAGAAGCAACAGAUUGAAACAUUCAAGCUGGAGUUGGGCCAAGCAAACCUAACCAACGAAUUGCUCUCUGCACUUUCAAGUCAGACCCAUGUGAAAUUCUAGUAAAGGUCUCUGCUAUCUUUUGUUUUAGUGUAAUGAGUAGACGUGCUGUCAUUAGGUUAAUGUGGGACCAAGAACCUUCUUUUGGGGUACUGGAAAACUCUUAUCUGUUAACUAGUUAGUUGCUUAGCUUUGAUGUCUGUUUCUGCAUAUGGAAGUAGCUGUUACAGCUCGAUGGUGGAAAACAGUACUUUAACAUUUAAGUAUCAUGAGCUUAGUGAUCU